UUCUCGUUCGACGUUCCUUCCUGUUCCCCUCUUUCCCCAGCGUCUCUCUCACUCUCAAUGGCUGAAGAAAUCCGUGCCUCAUCCUACGUCGGUUUCGACUCGAUCACCCAGCAGAUUGAGCACAAGCUCCUCAAGCGGGGUUUCCAGUUUAACGUCAUUCUUGCUGGACAAACGGGUCUCGGAAAGUCGACCCUCAUCAACACCAUCUUCGCGUCGCAUUUGAUUGACUCUAAGGGUCGUUUUGCGUCUGACGAGCCGGUGAGGCAGACAACGGAGAUUCAGGCGGUGUCGCAUGUUAUCGUUGAGAAUGGCGUCAAGUUGCGUCUGAACAUCGUCGACACGCCUGGCUACGGCGACCAGGUCAACAAUGAAAACUGCUGGGACCCUAUCAUCAAGUACAUCAAGGACCAGCACAGCGCGUACCUCCGUAAGGAGCUCACCGCCAUGCGUGACAGGUAUAUCCAGGACACGCGUAUCCACUGCUGUCUGUAUUUUAUCGCCCCGACCGGACACUCCCUGCGCCCGAUCGACGUCAUUGUCAUGAAAAAGCUCAGCGAAGUCGUCAACGUCGUCCCUGUCAUCGCCAAGUCCGACAGUCUGACCGUGGAGGAGAAGGAGGCCUUCAAGCUCAAGAUCCGCGAAGAGCUCGUGUACCACAACAUCCGGCUGUAUCCCUUCGACACGGAUGAGGACGACGACGAGGAAGUCGCUGUCAACGAAACCAUCCGCGCAAUGGUUCCCUUUGCCAUCGUUGGGUCCGAGACCAACGUCAUCAUCGACGGAAAGUCUGUUCGUGGGCGCAAAAACCGUUGGGGUGUCGUGAACGUGGAGAACAAGGAGCACUGCGAGUUCAUGCACCUGCGUGAUUUCCUGACACGGACUCACCUGCAAGAUCUCAUCGAGACAACGGCGCAAAUCCACUACGAGGCUUUCCGUUCGAAGCAGCUGCUGGCCUUGAAGGAGGGUGUGAACCGCCCCGCGCCCGCCGCUUAAAGCGGCUGGCUGGCUGGUGCGCUGUUAUUCUAUACCCCGACCCGAAAAUGGCUUUGUUUCUUGUGUUACCCGGAUUUCCUCCCGUUUCUGGACCCUACGUACCUAGUUGCUCCCACUUGUCCAUAGCUCACGCUCGUUUUCACUUCUAUCAUACUGCAUUUCAUGAACGAGCCGGUCCAAGAAGCGCAGCACAAAGCAACACAGA